AACGAUGGACCGUGUGGCAUCUGAUACAGAAACUGAUGAUUAUGAGCAGCCUUUGCUUCAUCGGAAAAAGGACGAUGGCAUAAAAAGAGACCUUACUUAUUGUACGUUAACUUUUCCCCCUUGAACUGUCUGGGAAGCAGCUGUCAGGUGAAAACACCUCCUCACUGACAGAAGUUUGCAGCAUCUAAGCUGUAAUGGAAAUAUUUUGCAAGAAUAACUUGGAAGUCAAGUGACAUCAGACGUCUACUUACAGAUGGUGCAGCAUUAUACCAUUGAUGAACUUCCACUACAGAUCCGAUUGGUUUCUACCAUUUAAGUGUUCACAUAAUUUUGACUAACCCUAUACACAUUGUCCACAGGUAGUAAUCAUCCAUAUGUAUAUUUGUGUGUCAUUAUGUACUUGUUUUGAAACAUCUUUUUGUUCUCACAGCUCCUGUGCUAGGUUCUUCACGUUAUGGCCUGGCCUUACUGUCCUGCUAUGGCUUCUUUGUGGCGUAUGCACUGCGGGUGAAUCUGAGUGUAGCCAUGGUGGAUAUGCUGAAAAACAGUAGCAGCAGUACCAGUGUCAACGACUCUGUGUGCCCGAGGCAUAUCGGUCCAGCACGGCCCAAACAUAACCACACAGCCAGCGUAUAUGACUGGGACUCAGAGACUCAGGGCUGGAUCUUGGGCUCCUUCUUUUAUGGUUACAUCAUUACUCAGAUCCCAGGAGGCUACAUGGCACGCAAAUAUGGUGCCAAAUGGCUGCUGGGCUUCGGCAUUCUGGGAACUGUGAUUUUCACUCUGCUAACACCUGUGGCUGCAGACCUGGGAGCUGGGUAUCUCAUUGCAGUCAGGGUAGUAGAGGGCAUAGGGGAGGGAGUGACGUUUCCUGCUAUGCAUGCGAUGUGGGCAUCCUGGGCUCCACCCUUAGAGAGGAGUCGACUGCUUACUAUCUCUUAUGCAGGUGCCCAGCUUGGCACUGUAGUUGCCCUUCCCCUAUCUGGUCAUAUAUGUUUUUACCUGGAUUGGACAUACGUCUUCUAUAUAUUUGGAGCUAUUGGGCUACUCUGGUUUUUCCUGUGGGCUUUUCUGGUCAGUAACAGCCCUGACACACACAGAAGGAUAUCAGAGAUCGAGAAGACCUACAUAAAAGCUUCCUUGAAAAAAGAGCUGUCCCCCACUUCAGCCUACAUCCCCUGGCUGUCCAUUCUCACAUCUAUUCCACUAUGGGCCAUAGUUGUUGCACACUUCUCCUACAACUGGACAUUUUACACACUGCUGACUCUCUUACCCACUUACAUGAAUGACAUUCUGGGCUUCAGCAUUAAGGAGAAUGGGAUGCUCUCUGCUCUGCCCUACUUGGGUUGCUGGCUGAUGUUUAUGGGAGGAGGUCAGUUCGCAGACUACCUGAGGGAGACCUGUCUUUUCCGCACUGUGUCUGUGCGCAAGGCCUUCACUAUAGUCGGUUUGGUGGGGCCAGCUGUGUUCCUGGUGGCAGCAGGAUACACUGACUGCAACUACAUUCUGGCUGUUGUUUUCCUCACUGUCUCCUCGAGUCUGGGAGGCUUUUCAGGAUCUGGAUUUAGCAUCAAUCAUCUUGACAUUGCACCAUCGUAUGCUGGAAUAUUGCUAGGAAUCACAAACACGUUCGCAACUAUACCUGGCAUGGUGGGUCCUGUGAUAGCGAGAUCAUUGACCAAAUCUAACACUAUUGUGGAAUGGCGAACAGUCUUCUUUAUCUCAGCUGCUAUAAAUUUGUCCGGGGCUGUCUUCUACACAUUGUUUGGAAAAGGUACAGUACAGCCUUGGGCAGUCCAGAACGUAAAUAUAGAAUAAAAAUGUUUUUAAGGGAUUGAAAGGACACUGUGGCAUGAAGAAUUUGGAGGAUGGAUUCAGAUGCUUCUGUUUGAAGAUUUUGAAUGUUGUCUCACAUUUUAAGUUUUAAAAGGAUAUUCUGGUGUUUUUUGAUCUGCCAUUGUUUUUUCCACUUCUCUGUUACUUUGAAGCUUUUUUUCUUUUUUUUUUUUCUUUUUAUAAUUUAGGGAAUCAAUAUUUUCACAUCACACUUGUCUUCAGCCAGCGUAAAUCUAAAAUAGCAGAAAUUGUCCUAAAACCAGAGGUGGCUUGUGUAUCGGAGUAGGAAGGGAAGAGCUGAUAUUUGUCAGCUGUUGAACAAAUAUUAAUCUUCAUAAAGUCCUUGUUCACAACUCUGUUACUAAUUACCUCUUUUAAGUGACCAACAAUUUAAAAAAAAUUAUUUGACAGAAGUCAUGUUCUGUUUAUUUCUUCACCUUUCUACAUGUUGUCCCAUAAUUGUGUAGCUCACCCAUUGCCUAGCUUAACUUCUGUAGUGUUAUUAUUCCACCUAGUGGUCAAAAAUGGGAACUGUGAAAAAAGGGACGCAAUGAUGCUGCUAUACUGGCUCUGUGAACAUUUUUAAUGGAGGAGGAGGAGCUGGCAGAAUAUUUUUAAACCAGUCCAAUGUGGCAACCCUAAGAUCUUAUUUUAGAGUGCAUAAUUAGACUUAAAUCUAAGGAAGUACAGACUGUGUGUCUAUGAUGGGCAAACCCAUUUCUGUUUUAAAAUAUAUUACAAAGAUUAGGAUCGGGGAAACGGGGAGUAUGGACUGGAUAAUGUCUGUAUAUGAGAAAUGCAUGCACACCAUGGUGACUUUGUUUCCCAUAUAAAGACUGUGGGGAAAGAUGCUGCAACAUGGCAUGCUGAAUGAGGGUGUGUUGUCAAAACUCAUCUCCCAAGUACACGGAUUCACUAGAUUGUAGUCUAUAGUUCUAGUAGAGUCUGAUGGCCCCUUGACUUAAUUUUGUUUGAAACUAUGUUGUUAAUCAUGUUGUCCUACCCCAUCAAAAUCUAUGGUCGUGAGCGCUUGCUUAGAAUUCCAAAUAUUUUAGAGCUAAGAAACAAGGUGCCUCACCAGGUGUUAAGUUGGUCAGUGUGAAUAGUGAAUUAUGAUAUUACAAAAUCAUGAUGUACAAAUAAAAUGAACCUGUCUGAAAAGUAAUUUUAUUGAAGGGGAAAGCACGUGGGACGUCACAGACUCUUCUUUACUUCUGGUAGCGGUUACUUUCGCUUUAUGUUGACUUUAUCUAGAUGAACACUGCAAAAAAUUGAAAACUGAAUUUGAGGAGAAAAUUACAAUACCAGUGAAGUUAUCUUCCUGCAUGGACAGAUAAUUUUACUUGACAAGACAUCUUGGAAUAAGUUGGUUGCAACCUAGAACUAGGUUUAAUAAUCUCAGAAUUGGUGUCUUGUAUUCUUCUAACAGGAAAUGCUAGAUUGUUUCAACUAUUUUCAAGAUAUUUUCACUUGCUAAGAUAUCAUUUUUUGCAGUGCAUAAUUUCACAAACCUGGUCUAUUGAACCAAUGGAAACCAGGUGAGUGGGACUGUAGUCUAUUGAAGCAAAAAUUAAUAACUAUUUCUUUUUAAGUAUUAGUCUCGCCAGACCAAUUCUUACCAUUUCUUUGUGCGUGUCUGGGGGGGGGGUCUGUUUUUUCUCUCUACUUGCUAGGAUAUUCUUGUUAAAAAUGUUUGUAAAUCUGUAACUGUAAAGGGUGGUAAUGUUCAGUAUGUGCAGAAAGAAAUUCCUCUUGAGCUACAAGUCUUCUAUCAGCAGUGACUGAUAAGUAGGUCAUUGCUCUCUACGUGCUAUUUUGCAACCCCGAAUCAGAAAAAGUUGAAAUAGGAUUAUUCAAUUUAAAACUGAAAACAAUGAUUUGUUUAAAAAAAAAAGAGAAACUUUGACCUGUAUUGCACCUAAAACAAUAAAACAGCACUUUAUUUGAUGUUUUACCUCAUGAAUUUUAUUUUAUUUUAUUUUAUUUUAUUGCUUAAAUAAAUACUUUUCAGUUUUGGUUAUUGUAACCCAUUUCCAAAAAGUUGGGAUGGUAAGGCAUUUACCAUUUUUACAAUGGUCACAUUCCUUCUCAUAACACUUAACAGAUGAUUAGGGGCUUGAAGACACCAAGUUAUGAAGCGUUUCAGUUGAUAUUUUGUUUAUGCUAUUCUUCCUGCAAACUGGUCUUCAGGUGUGCGAGAUAUAUAUACUGUGUGUGUGUAUGUGUGUGUAUAUAUAUAUAUAUAUAUAUAUAUAUAUAUAUAUAUAUAUAUAUAUAUAUAUAUAUAUAAAAUAUAUAUAUUUUUUUUAUUUAUUUAUAUUUUUUUUCAAAAUUUGCCACACAUUCUCUGUUGGGGACAGAGGGAACAGGCAUCCUCCUCUUCUGCAGCCAAGCCUUUGUAAUGUGUGCAGAAUGUGGUUUAGCAUUGUCUUGUUGAAAUGUCCCCAGAAACCAUGUUGUCUUGAAAGUAGAAUAUGUUGCUCCAAAAUCUCAGUGUACUUUACUGCAUUAAUGCUGCCAGCGUAGAAGUGUAAGUUACCCAUGCAAUGAUAGACCCUGGCUUUUGGACUUGUUGGUAACAGUCUGGAUGGUUCUUUUCGUCUUUGGAUUAAAGCACACGGUGUCCAUUUCUUCCAUAAAAGCCUUGGAAUACUGAUUUGUCUGAUCACAAUCCACAUUUCAAUUGUGUGAUGGUCCAUCCCACAUGCCUCUGAGCCCAGAGCAGUUGAUGGUGCUUCUGGACACAGUUAAUAUAAGGCUUCCUUUUUGCACAGUAAAAUUUUAACUGGCAUUUGUGGAUGUAACUCCAUAUUGUAGUGCUUGACAAAGUUUUGCCAAAGUAAUCCUGAACCCAUGUGGUUACAUCAGCUAUAGAUGAAUGAUGGUUCUUGAUGCAGUGCCGUCUGAAAGAUUGGAGAUCACGGGUGUUCAGUUUAGGCUUGCGCCCUUGCCCUUUGCACAAAGAAAUUCCUCCAGAUUCCUUGAAUAGUUUAAUGAUAUUAUGCACCAUAGGUGAUGAAAUAUCAAAAAUAUCUUCCCAUCUUUCUUUGAGGAACAUUGUUUUUAAACAUUUCAAUAAUUUUCUCAUGCAUUUGUUAACAAACUGGAGAUCCUCAGCCCAUCUUUGCUCCUAAGUCGAGGCCUUUCCUGGAUACUGAUUUUGUACCAAAUCAUGAUUACAAUCGCCUGCUGAUAUCACCUGUUUCAAAUCAUAUGAUCAUUUUAAUUUUUCCCCCUCAUUACUAGCCCUAAAUUGCCUCAUUCCAACUUUCUUUGGAAUGUGUUGCAGGCCUGAAAUGCAGGAAUGGAUAUAUAUUAACAAAUUAAAUGGCAUUAACCAGACAAAACCUGAAAUAUCUUGGGUUUAUACUGUCUGGAAAAAAAAUACAAGUUAAAGUAAAUUUAGAAAUCACUGCUUUUUUUUUUUUGCAUUUUCAUACCAUCCCAACUUUUUGAGGUUGCAUAUUUUUAUACUUAUGUUCUGAAUUACUGUUGGUUAUAAUGAUUUUGAAGACAGUGCAAAUAUGAUGUAAAGUUUGUUUUAUUUUUUACGUUAAUAGUAAGGAAAUGUCUGAAAUCCACUGGGCUGGAAUCAAAUUGAAUCAAUUUUUUUAUUUGUUGAAAAAAUGAGGGGAAAAAAAAGCCAGUAUUGAGCACCUACAUAAUGUUCUUUUAUUUAAUCUUGGGAUUGUGCCUUACUUUUAUUGUAAGUCUGUAAAGCAGCUGAAUUGUAAAACACUUGGCCAACAAUCUGAGAUUUUACAUUGUUUUCAUUUCUCUCUGUUUACAUUAAUGUGGGUAGUAUGAUGUUAUAAAAGGGAGGAGGUAUCUUUGCUUGUUUUUGGAUUCUUAAGGUUUUUUUUUUUUUUCUUUAGCUUAUUGUAAUUUAUUGUUUACAUGAGACAUGAAGUCAGAUAUCUCAGGAAUGGAGAUUAUGGAAAGAAAUGGAUGAGAAUGAAUGAUCCCUUAAGCGAGAAGAACAUUUGUCCCCAUGCAGUUUGCUACAUAGCUGUAGUAUUGUGUAAGCCAUAUUCAACAUUCAUCAGUGAAAAGUCUUGUAUUCACUUAAUUUCCCCAACUAUAAAAAAAUCAUGUUAAUUCAAAGUAAUUAAAAUGCGUAAAUCAG